UCAUCCAGAGAGGGAGGGAAGAGGGAGGAGAGAGAGAGAGAGAGCAUCGAUCGAAUUUAUUGCACAGCUCUGCGCCCUCAUGCCUUUUAUUUAAGUGUCCAUGCUUCCGUUCAGAUUUUUUUUUUCUCCUUCACUUCCGAAUUCCUUGUUCAUUAGGCUUCCUGCGAUCCCCCGUAGGCUCACUCAUACCUUCCUUCUCCCUCUGCUGCUUGCAAACUCUCUCCUUGACGUUUCUUUCGAUUUUGGAAGAGGAGGUAGGAGAAGAGAAUUAGUUGCCGAGUUUAUCUGAACUUGAGGACAUAAGCAAUUCUUUUCUCCAUAAGAUCUGCAUCUAUAUCGUGAAACUAGGUGACCUUUUCAGUUGCACCCUUGUCUACUCACAGUAGCAACUUGUGGACACUGAAAGGGGAUAUGGCCUUUUCUUAAGAGUGAGAAAAGGAUCCAAUUGUGUGUAUUCGGGGUCUCGAUCGAUCUCGGUUGCAGGCCUUGCAGCUCUACCUGUCAAAAAUUGAUUUGUUAAGUGGGAAGAUGAUGAAAAUUUUGACAACGGUGAAAUUUCUGAUGGAGGUAGCUUGAUAGCUACAUUUGGUCUGAAAGACUGAAACUGGACACAGAAGUAUACGAGAAAAGUGAUUGGCUGGGUUUUGAUAGGGAAAAUGGUAGAAGCCUCAAAUCCAACACAAGAUAUGAUAGAUAUAACUGGACAUGUAGUACAUGAUGAUGUUUCUUACGACAAGGAUGUUUUGGAGAUAAAAUUGCCAGAUACUGUUGUUACUUCUGAUUAUGGUGGCAAUUUUGUCAAGGAUGUCUGCAUCGAUGAAGGAGUACUUCCGCAUCGGAAAAUUUCAGCAGAAAAAAAGUUAGAUGAGAAGUCACCACCAAAUUUUGAUUUCCUAAUGAUAGACACGAAUAGUGAUCUAACAUAUGGGGGGAAAGGUGAUGCUAAAAAAUAUGCACAUGGACAGAAACCAAAAACUGUUCUCCUACCUGUUGGAUUCGCUGCUGACGAUAACACGGAGAAACAAUGUGAUCUUGAAAGCAGGGAUACUGCUAGUGAUAUCAGUGAGAAGAAAAUAAGUUUGCAUGAGUUACUUAAGCUUGAAAGUGCAGAAGAAUCCAAGGAAAGACUUAAACUUGAAAGUGCAGAAGAAUCCCAGACCCAGCAUCAAAGCACAACUUCUGCAAUAAAUGAAAAAAACAUGCCCCCUGUUCAUGAAGAGGCUAUUGCACAGGUUUCCACAAAUGACUGCAAUGAUGUUGCAACUGCAUCAAAAACUGAUGAACUUAUUACUAGCAACGUAUCAAGUAUCAAUAACACCAACGGUUCAUCAGCAACAAUAUCUGACAGACAUGAUGCAACCGCAGCAUUAGAUAAACCCAUGUCCACUGCUGAGACUACUGACGGUUUAAUUGGCUCCAAACAAUUUAACGAAGUUGGAACAGCAGAAGCCAUGCCUGAUGCUCUGACAUCAAGUAGUUCUUCAGAAGUCCAACCAUCCGAAAAGAGCAACGACCACCCCGAAAGCUUCACCAGCGAGCCGAUAGCGGAUCCACAGGAUGAAAAUGCAGUGGCCACAUCCUCAUCACCUCAUGUUGUAGAGUCCAGUGAUGCAAAUAGGCAGAUGAACAACAAGAACUCUGACAACGAUGGUGCUACUGAUGUGCAUGAUUUCAACCAGACAGAUUCAGAGAGCUGCGCAGACGCAACAAACGAUGGCAGAAUUAGCACGAGUUCUACCGAUGCGCAAAAGGAUUCCACUCAUGUGGAUGAACUAGAUGUGCCUGAUAAUAAUGCAAAGGGAAAAUCUCUGAUUGGCAAUGGGUAUCCCCUUGAGCCAUGCUCUCUUGGGCCUAGCAUCAUGUGCAACCCAGUGUCGACCUCUGGUCACAUUGGCAACAUCUCCAUCCGGUCAGAUAGUAGCACGACAAGCACCCGGUCCUUCGCAUUUCCAGUGUUACAGUGGGAUUGGAACAGCAGCCCGGUGAGGAUGGCGAGAGCGGAGCGGAGGCGAAACAAGCGGCGCCGUGGCUGGAAUAAGGGCUUCCUCUGCUGGAAAUUCUGAGCAUCCCCUUUUCUUAUACCUCCUGAAGAAUCUCUGAAAUUCUGAUGCGCUGCUGAAGUCGGUCGAAAUCUAUCUGUAACUCCACCGAAGUGUCUGAUUUGCACGCCAUAUAUGUAUACCCUGCUUCUUCUUUUUUGUUGGUCCUGUAGCAGGUAAGAUGGCUUGUCGGUUUUGUCAGUGGCUUGUAACUCUGUACCGUGAGCGAGAAGAGGAGUGAAGAGGUGUAUAAAUAGCGUGUAGCCUAGGGGGUGAUGGAUCAUUGGAUUGCAUUGCUAUCUGUAAAAAAAAAUUAGUUUGUGUUGAUCUUUGCUGGUUUGAGCCUUUGAGGAGCUAGAACGUAUUCCUUUUCUCUUCAUCA